CCUUAACCCCCAGCCACGGUUUGCCAGCACCUAGGAAACCAGAUUUAGAAAACUGAAAAACCCGGCUCUCCUUAGGGCCAAAUUAGUUACCUUUACCGUCCCAUUGUUUCCCCAUUUUCCGACGCCGGAAAAUCGCUUCUCCCGUAGGAAACUGCUCACGGUAUCCCGAAUUUGGCUCUGAAAUGGCUGGUAUCAGGUGGCCGCAGGAGGACUCUGAGCAAGCUCAGGUUAGGGUCCAGGGCACAGCUGACCUCGUCUCGGAUGAUGAUAGAUCAGUCGCUGCUGAUUCAUGGUCAAUAAAGAGCGAUUAUGGGAGCACUCUCGAUGAUGAGCAGCGCCAUGUCGAUGCCGCUGAUGCUCUCUCGAGUGGCACCUUUCGAGCUGCUUCUGAUUACAGUUCGGAUAAGGAAGAACCAGAUGCUGAGGUGGAAACAUCAAUGUUGGGUCUUCACAGCUAUUGGGAUGCUGCAUAUGCGGAUGACCUGGCAAAUUUCCGUGAACAUGGCCAUGCUGGUGAAGUCUGGUUUGGGGUUGAAGUUAUGGAGAUUAUCUCCGGUUGGACCAAGAAUUUGUGUUCCAAUUUUUCUCAAGGUUCUUCAAAGAAUCCAAUUGACAAAGCUUGCCAGAAAUCAGAGGCAAGCGAAGAUGUCUGCCCAGAUUUGGCUGGCUGGAGUGUACUUGAUGUUGGGACUGGGAAUGGUCUGCUUCUCCAAGAACUUGCAAAGCAAGGGUUCUCUGAUCUGACUGGAACUGAUUAUGUUGAAGGAGCAAUUGACCUUGCUCGAAACCUUGCUGACCGUAGUGGUUUUUCCAAUAUUAACUUUCUGGUGGAUGAUAUUCUUGACACAAAACUGGAAAGACAAUUCCAACUUGUCACUGAUAAAGGGACUUUGGAUGCAAUUGGACUUCAUCCUGAUGGACCCAUUAAAAGGAUAAUGUAUUGGGAGGCUGUCUCCAAAUUGGUAGCCCCUGGUGGGAUACUGGUUAUUACAUCGUGUAAUAGUACCAAGGACGAACUAGUGCAAGAGGUGGAUAUCUUCAACCAAAGAUCAUAUACUUCUGAUUCCAAGGAUCAAGAUCCACAGUUUCGGUACCAUGACCACAUUCGUACCUACCCAACAUACAGCUUUGGCGGAUCAGAAGGCAACCGGGUUGCCACAGUUGCAUUUCUUCGAAGUAUCAACCACCUUGAAUGACUCUCUCUCUCCCUGUCUCUCUCUCCAGAGUAGAGGGGGUCAGUUUUUCUCUGGAAGUAGUCUUCUGGGGCUGUUGAGAAUUUGCAGUGGGUGCAAGGCUUUAUCUUUGAAUGAUCGUGUUGUAGGCUUAUGAAGUUUGUGGAUUAUGCUAGUAGCAAUGAACAUGUCGGAUAUAAGCACUUGUCACAAUAGCAUUCCUUUUAACCUGCCAACUCUCUCUCUCUCUGACUAAUCUCUCUCACUAAAAGCAGGAGCAUUACUAUCUAUUGAAGUAGUCAUUGAGCUGUUAAUAGUUUAGCGCUUUCGGUUUGCUUAUUGUGUAUUGUAUGCCUUAAAGAUUGUGAAGUGCGUCGGAAGAAGUGAAUGUCAGUUGCUACUCCUUUAAAGUGCCGAUUUCCUUAAACUGAGUGCUGUGUGUGUGUGUGGAGAGACUGAAAAUAAUAAAGUGGCAGUGGCUUAGUUCA